AUGCUGCGCAAAAAGGAGGUCUACACGACCAUCACCCCCAUCCCGGGCUUCAUCCCCCGCCAGCUCGCCAUCGACAUCCUCCACUCCCACUCCGAGGUCAUCACCCUCAACCCCCUCGUCCUUGAACACAAGCCCAUCAAGGCGCCCCGCGACGCCGCCGCCGACGAGUACUACUCCACCUGGUACGAGAUCACCGAGCGCGUCCAGUUCAUCCCGGGAAUCGGCAAGAUGGGCUCCGGCAAGAUCUCCUUCAACGGCUGCUUCCACGACAUGCCCUGGGGCCUGCAGACGCACACCUACGCCCCCAUGAACAUCGACAUCCGCAUCAAGUACCGCAUCGACGGCAACCAGCCCGGCGUCGAGCCCCCGCACCAGCCCGAGAUUGGCAUGGCCGGCCUGGGUGUCCCCGUUGACGGCCUCUACCUGCGCGAAGAUAUCGAGAUCCGCUGCAACGUCACCAUGACCAGCUUCGUGCGCACCCAGCUCAAGGCCGCCAGCAAGGAGAUGGUCUCCCGCAUCAUCAAAAAGGCAGAGCUCCUCGACGCCGGCGUGCUGCAGGCCAUGAUCGAGGACGGCAAGCUCAAGACGAUCAACCCCGCCGACAGGACGAGCACCGGCAUCAGCGGCGCCAGAUCACCCACCUUCCCGCCCCAGCGCCCCAACGGGAGCCCCCGCCCCGAGUCCGUCUCCUCCCCGCGCUACCAGGUGCCCCGCCCCGUCUCCAUGGCCAGCAUGGGCCGCCCCGGCUCGCAGGGCAACUACGCGCCGCAGUACGCCCAACAACAACACCAACAACCCAUGGAGCUCCCCAGCUCCCCGCAAAACCAGCAACACACCGCGCCGGGCCACACCUCCUUUAUCGCCGAGCUGCCGGGGAACUUCUACCACCCGCCCGAGAACAAGACGCUCUACCCGCCGUCGCCGCAGCCGCAGGGUUCCGGCUCCCCGCCGCAGUACGACCGCAACUCCAUGUCGCAGCAGAGCUCGCAGCUGUCCCCGGACCCGAACUCGUGGCGCUGGUCGCAGGGCCAGCCGAGCCCGAGCCAGCAGGGCAGCCGCCCGACGAGCAUGAGCUCCGACGGCAGCGGAGGCUACGCUAGUCCCGGGCUGGAUCACAAGGGCUUCUCGUCGGAGCUGGCGACGCACGCGGAGACGCAGGAGGAGCACCGCCGGGAUCCGAUCAAGGUGGCGGAUGCGUCGCAGCACAGAGUGAAAGGCCCGACGGCGUAUCAGGCGUAUCAGUAUAACCCUGCAGACUACGUGCAGGUGGGGAGGUGA